AUGACACGUCAAGGUGGCAAGAAGUCUGCAAGUGCUCUCGGCUUCCUGCCGCGCAGCCUGCAGAGUCCUAACAAAUCCAUCGAGAGCGCACCAUUCGGCCGCUUCCCGACUCAUGCACCCAGCGAUCACCAUGUUGGCGGCAUUUCAAUGGAGUUCUGGAACACGCUCGAGGUACCAGCCGACAAUCGCCAUGUCGGAGCCGACGAAUAUCUUGGGAACCGCAUGGUACACGACGGGAACGGCAUGGUCUACGAGCCCGAAGUUCAAUCUCCGCCACGCCUGCCAGAACCUGCUAUCCUGAAACCUGGCCCCUUCCCCGAUGAGUCCCUACGUGAGUAUCGAGAAUAUCUUGUUGACGUUUUCGGCAAGAUGAUGUUUGUCUCUGGUGAGACUGCCGAACCCUCCGCCGAGACCACAUGGUUGAUCGAGGAAAUCGUCAGAGAACAAGUCGUACACAUGCUCAAAGUCGCGACCGAGUAUGCCAACCGUAGAGGUCACAAAUCCAUCACCGUUGCCGAUCUCAUCUUCCAGAUCCGCCACGACAAAUCCAAGGUCUCUCGCUUGAAGACUUUUCUGUCUUGGAAGGAUGUGCGCAAGAAUGUCAAGGACUCUGACGACAAGGGCGGCGGUGGCGAUGCUGGCGAUAUUGACCUUGAAGCCGAUGGUGCUCAAGCUCCCGCCGCUGGUGGUCCUGCUCAGAAGGCCAACAAGAAGCAGAAGCUGAUCCUACCUUGGGAUGUUGAGUCUUACUACGCUGUCCAGGUACCGGAGCGUGAUGACGAGGAAGACGAGGAGGAAGACGAACAGAAUGAAGCCACCCUUGCACGCCUAGCUUCCGCCGACGAACGCACGAGAAAUAUGACGAAGGAAGAAUAUGUCUACUGGUCCGACUGUCGUCAAGCGUCCUUCACCUUCAGAAAGGGCAAGCGCUUUCGUGAGUGGGCUGGCUUUGGAACUAUCGUCGAUACCAAGCCCAACGACGAUGUCAUCGAUAUUCUCGGUUUCCUCACCUUCGAAAUCGUUCAGACACUCACCGAGACUGCCCUCAAGGUCAAGGCCGAGAAGGACUUCGCCAACCGCAAAACCUCCAAGGGACAAGGCGAGAAGAAGCGCAAGCGGGAGGAGUGCAGUCUAUUCUCAAUGACCGAGGAAGGUCGUACACCUGUCGAGCCCGAGCACGUCCGCGAGGCUUUCCGACGUCUGCAGAUUCCGCCUAAGAAGGCCACUUUCUUCCAGCAAGGUUGGACCGGCAUGAGACGGCCCUAUCGACUUAUCUGA